AUGGCAACUCGUCUUGAUGCGCUCCCCAAGGAGCUCCUAUCACACAUCGCCGUCAAUUCAGAUGCCCUCUCCAUCCUCCGCUUAUCCCAAACAUGUCGAACAAUCCGCUCAGCCUGCUACGACAGCCUUGUCUUCCGUGAACUCCUCAGUAAUCAAUCAAAUCUCUGGGCCAUUCAUUCUCUAGACGUCGAAGCCCUCGAAAAUCGCUCAUGGGAGCUGGCACAGAAAGAAAGCCCUCUUGAGACGCCCGCCAACUUUGUCAACUGGCUGCCGGAGUUGUUUGUCGUCAAGCAUCCGUUUAUGUAUCAACAGUGCUGGGGCCGGUUUCUAUGGGAUCCACCGCAAUUAACUGCGAAGCAGAUGUUCUGCUUCGCGAUGGCUAUUAUUGCCCAACCCCACGAGCCAAUGCAGCAACUGGAGAAAUCCCUCGCCAUGCACGAAGACGCAUACCUGCGGCGCGAUGAGUCGUCAAAGGCCUAUUUCUGGGGCCUCUGCUUCAUGAUCCUCCGAGUUCGAAAGGUAUUGCACACGAGACCCGCAGCGCGACCUUACCACACCGCCGCUGUGCCGUAUAUGACCCUGCCGACUGCGACAGAUAUCGACAUGCGGCCGACGAACUCGUCGUAUCAGUUGCCGCUCCCCUUUGGCGAUCCUAGCUCACCCAUUUCGAACUGGGAUAACUGGUAUGUCACCCAUAGUCGGGAGAUGGCGAAGGAGUACUUGUUUGAGGGGACCUGGAGUGGCUAUUACACGUACUUUCGCUCGUUUGUCCCUUCGCUAGAGCGGUUCGAUCCUCCUAUGGUUCAGAUCCGAUUUGUCCGUCGUCAGGCGUCCCAUGGCGAGCCCACGGAGGCACUGGAAGUGGCGGCCGACGAUGGCGUUGAUGGGAUAGGUUCGUUCGUGGUCAGGGGAAGCGUCUCUCAGGUCGAUGAUGUCUUCACCUUUCGUGGCCACAAAGCGUAUGGUGAUGGUGCCGGCAUUAUGUGGAAUUGGAAACUCAAACUCACCCCUUUGGGCAUGAUUGGGUAUUGGGGCAGGGUGCAAGACAACGACGAGCUUUAUAGAAACGGCUCUGUGUGGCUUUGGAAAGCUCCAUCAUGA